GGGGGGAAGCGCACAGCGAAAACAAAGAUGGCGGCCGUGCCGGGGUCGGUGGCCGCGGUGGCUGUGGGGCUACUCGCGGGCCGGGCCCACUGAGGCGGCGGCGCAGGGAGCGGGGCUGCGGGUUCGCGGCGGCGGCGGCAGGAGAGCGGCGGGAGGGCGCGGCGCCCCUAACUUUUGGUCGGGGGAGCGCGCCGGCAUCCGCCCGCCGGGCCGGCCGGCCACUAUGUCCGGCGCCGAGGAGGCCGGCGGGGGCGGCCCGGCCGCGGGGCCCGCGGGCUCCGUGCCGGCCGGGGUCGGGGUCGGGGUCGGAGCCGGGCCCGGGGCGGCCGCCGGGCAGGCGGCGGCGGCGGCUCUAGGAGAGGCGGCGGGGCCUGGGCUCCCGGACGAGGCGGGCUUGGCGGGCGCCCGGCAGCUACAGCUGCAGGAGGCGGCCGGCGACCCCGACGCGCCGCCCAAGAAGCGGCUGCGGGCAGCCGAGGCGGCCGAGGCGGCGGCGGCGGCGGCGGCGGCCGGCAGCGGGAAACUGGAGGAGCGGCUCUACUCGGUGCUCUGCUGCACCGUGUGCCUGGACCUGCCCAAGGCCUCCGUGUACCAGUGUACUAAUGGUCACUUGAUGUGCGCUGGCUGUUUUAUCCACCUACUAGCAGAUGCCCGGCUGAAGGAGGAGCAGGCCACGUGCCCCAAUUGUCGUUGUGAGAUCAGUAAGAGCCUCUGCUGCCGGAACCUGGCCGUGGAGAAAGCCGUGAGUGAGCUGCCUUCAGAGUGUGGCUUCUGCCUGCGCCAGUUUCCCCGCUCCCUCCUGGAGAGGCACCAGAAAGAGGAAUGCCAGGACAGGGUAACCCAGUGCAAGUACAAACGCAUCGGCUGCCCAUGGCACGGCCCCUUCCAUGAGCUGACGGUGCACGAGGCUGCGUGCGCCCACCCGACCAAGACAGGCAGUGAGCUGAUGGAGAUCCUGGAUGGGAUGGACCAGAGCCACCGCAAGGAGAUGCAGCUGUACAACAGCAUCUUCAGCCUGCUCAGCUUCGAGAAGAUUGGCUACACAGAGGUCCAGUUCCGGCCAUACCGCACAGACGACUUCAUCACGCGCCUGUACUACGAGACGCCCAGGUUCACAGUGCUGAACCAGACGUGGGUCCUGAAGGCUCGAGUCAACGACUCGGAGCGUAACCCCAACCUGUCCUGCAAGCGUACGCUCUCCUUCCAGCUCCUCCUCAAGAGCAAGGUCACGGCACCGCUGGAGUGCUCCUUCCUGCUGCUCAAGGGCCCCUACGACGACGUGAGGAUCAGCCCCGUCAUCUACCACUUUGUCUUCACCAACGAGAGCAACGAGACGGACUACGUGCCACUGCCCAUCAUUGACUCCGUGGAGUGCAACAAGCUGCUGGCCGCCAAGAACAUCAACCUGCGGCUCUUCCUGUUCCAGAUACAGAAGUAGGGCGGGGCCUCAGGAUGCCCGAGGAGCCCACGGGCGGCAUCCCAGCACCGCUGCCCUGUCCACCUGGCUGGCAGCUGCUUCACAGGACUAUUUGAUCACUUUAGCAAAGGAGGAGAACAAACGAAGCCAACACAGGGCAAGUCUGCAUGUGUGCGCGACGGGGCCCCCGCCUCCGGCUCACCCCCCCCCGACCCCUGCCUCCCCUCCUUCCGAGGGCCGCCAGAGGCUGGGCUGACCCGAAGAGGAGAUGGUGCACCAGGUGCCCCGAGGCUCAGAGACGGUGGCAGCAAGGAGACCGAGAGGCACAGCGACCCUGCCCCAGCCCUUCUGUGCAGUCAGGCGGCGGUGCUGCUCCAUCCCUGCGGGUUCCGGCCGGGCGCGGGGGCCUUGCUGACAUCAGACGGGAUAUCCGAAUAUCUGAUAGCAAUUAAAAGGCAGCCUUGUUUCGUA